GGCUAUUAAAGUCCUUUCAUGAUAUCUUCUCAAACCAAUGUAGAAAAUAUGUAAAGAAAGCAGAAAUUUAAAGGAAAUACUUUGGCAAGACAUGUAGGGUCAGUUAUCUCAGAAAGAUUUCAGAGAGAUUUUAGAGAUAUAGGAGGCCUCAAGGGCAAGAAGCUGAGUCUUUAUCAAGAGGCCAAGAAGCUGAAUCUUUACAUUACUGUCCCGUAGGGUGUUGCCACAAGACCAGGUGUUUCUUAGCUCCAGGACCCUCUGCUACAUGGGCUGUCAUGUGACUGAGUCCCUCUGAAAUAUUUAAGGGGAGGCUAGAGAUCUAGGAGUCCUAGAGGCCAGAAGCUCAAUCUUCACCAAGAGGCAAAGAAGCUGAGUCUUUACCAUGAUGUCCUGUAGGGUGCUGCCACUUGCCCUGGUGCUGCUCUGCUCCAGCAUUCUCUGCUCCCUGGGCUGUAACCUGAAUCAGGGCCUACAGGAAGAAUUCUUCCUUCUAAACCACAUGAGCAUGACUUCCCUCCGGCCAUGUCUGAAGGACAGGACCAAAUUCAACUUCCCAAAGGAAGCCAUAGAGGGCAGCCAGCUCCAGAGGAAAAAUGCCAUAGUCACUGUGCAUGAGAUGCUCCAGCAGACCUUGACUCUCUUCUGCCUCAAUACUCCUCCUGCUGCUUGGAAUCAGACCCAGCUCACACUACUGCUCCUUCGAGUGGAUCAACAAAUGGAACAUCUGGAAAGGUGUCUUGGCCAGAAUGUGGGUUGGCAACAGCCUUCCUUGAGAAGUGAAAACAUCCAGCUGGCCCUGAAGAGCUACUUCCAAGGGAUAAGCCAGUACCUGCAGGCCAAAAGAUACAGCCUUUGUGCCUGGGAGAUUGUGCGGAUAGAGAUCAGAAGGCUAUUUCUCUUCAUGAAGAAACUCAUAAGAAAGCUCAGAAACUAAAGAAGAAGAAAAGAUGCUCAAAACACAUCAGAAUUCAUUGAUUCAUUUCCUAUAGGCUAACACAAAGCAGUCCAUCAUUGGAAAAGACAUUUCUCCAAAAGAACUGAAAUACACCUGAAUGGACUGAAUGAUUUUAAAUCAGUGACUUUGCAUUCAUAUACUGAAAGAAGAGAAUCCAGAUAAU